CUCAUAGUGCUGCUAACAUUUUAAUACACUCAACCCCCUGGAUCGCUAGCUCAACUCCCGACGUCCGACGUUGAUCACCCAGAAUCCCACGUACCCAAGCCUUCAACGUAGGAUCGCCAUCCGCACUCCAUACAUUCCAUGCCGUCACGAAACAUCUCAGGGCCCUGCAAUGGCUCCCGUAACGCCGACUUGACGGGCUGCUGCCGGGUCCGAAGCUGUGAUUAGGGGUCUCCCCCGGCUUGGAUCUUCAUAUUAAGAGGCGUCGAUGUCGCCAAUGUACGAUGAUAAAACGAGGGCGAGAUCCAGAGUUCUUAAUUCUCCGAGGACUUUUCAAAUAUAUCAAUCUGCUCCCAACCGACAGCGUGCUUGUUGGGCCAUUUCUGUUCGACACACACCACAUGAGACCCCGAUAGGCAUCAACAAGUUCAACUUUUCUCAAAAUGUCUUCGCAGUCAGCACAAGAAGGAAACGGUGGGGGACAGCCAGAUGAACUUCCUUCUGGUCCCCCAUACGUGUCUCAGUUCGCCCAACACGGCGGCAUCCCAACAGUCACGGUCGACGUGCCCAUCUGCGCCGUCUUACUCGCCUGCUUCCUCGCAGGCGCCAUCUUGAACAUGACUAUAUGGAAGCGCAACGGCAGACGGGGCCACAAGUUCCACCUGUCGGCCGUCGUCUUCUACUUCUGCUUUGCUCGCAUGGUCGCCUGCAUCCUGCGCAUCGUGUGGGCGACGCGGCCAGACAACGUCCGCAUCUCGAUAGCGGCCGGCAUCCUCUUCAACGCUGGCGUCCUCAUCCUCUUUGUUACCAACCUCAUCUUCCUGCAGCGGCUUAUCAGGGCGCACCACCCUAGAUUUGGAUGGAGCAAGACCCUAGGCUGGGUCUUCUACUUCCUCUACUUUGGUAUCUUCGCCUGCUUCGUCAUGGUCGUCUACGCGGUCGUGUCGAGUUGCUUCACCCUCGACCGCUCCAUGCAGUCCAAGUUCGCCGACAUUCGCCGCACAUCCGCCAUCUAUAUGGCCUUCCUCGCCAGCCUUCCCCUUCCGGCCACGCUACUGUUGCUCGUCUGGCCACGCAAGAAUGCCGUCGACAAGUUCGGCCAAGGCUCCAUGACGGCCAAGGUUGUCAUCUUGCUUAUCACCACGUCGUUGCUUGCCACCGGGGCCAUCUUCCGCGCCUCCAUCGGCUUCAUGCCUAGACCAAUCGAGGAUCCCGGCUGGUUCAACCACAGGGCAGCAUACUAUCUCUUCAAUUACUUCAUCGAGCUUGUGGUUGUGUACACCUUGGCGCUGAACCGCAUGGACAAGCGCUUUUACGUGCCCGACAGCGCGAAGAAACCGGGCGACUACUCAAAGUGCGCGACAACUGCGGACAGGAACUCCUUGGAUGACGAGGCUGAUCUGAACGACGGCAAGGCUCCCACGCCGGGCGAAGAGAGACGCCUGGAGAAUGAAUGGGAGAUGUCACUGCAGCGCGAGAUGGAACAUAAGCAGGCUCCUUGAUGGGGGAGGAAGGGCUAAAGGGAUAUCAGAGAAGAGGUAAAACGUCUUGAAGACAUUAUGGAAAGUGGGAAGAGAAUUCAAAGAGAGAAUAGACCGCAUGAAACUGGCGUUAGGCAUAGCAUUUUUUCGAGGGCGUUACCCCCGCCAUUCCCUACCCCUGAGCUACUCGUACCACAAGCACACAGGCAUGAAAUUGAUAACGUUGGUCCGAUUUUCACUUUGUGCGUCAAGAGUGCACCAACCAACAUAGCACAAACAUGAGGACCG